CCACCGUGACAGCCGGCCACAGUGCUCCUGGUGAGAGGAUUUUUCAUCGCGUUCGUUCCUACGGAAGUGCCACUCUAUCAUACCGUCCGAUUGCUAUCGAUUACCUCACUCCAUCCAGUUAUCGAGUCCGUAACUUCGUUACAUUUUCGAGAGAAGAUACCGAAAACAAUUCGCCUGCUAAGUCGCCGAGAGUACGUGCGAAUUCUUCCACGUUUCUUUUCUAACGGCGAGAGACACCUUCGAAAAAAGGCACCGAUAAGAUCAGUAGGCUCUCGAAGACGCGACACGCAACUGUGCUAAGAGGAACGGUCGGAAGUCGUCAGGUUUGUCCUCUCAGCCGCGAAAAGUUUUCAUCAUCAACGGUGCUUCAUUACUUCACAUCCUAAUAUCAUCUCUUCUCUUCUUCGACGAGCCGUGAAUGUUCACUUAUUUUGUUUUCCACGCAGGAAGCGUGACGAAUUGCAACUUAGGUUGCGUCUAGAGUUGGAAUUAAAUAAGAAUUUAGCGAUUCGUUCUGAGUUACAUAGCCUAUAAAGAAGAAGAAAGGAAAAAUUAAUUGGAGAUUUGAUUAAUUGAGAGUGUUUGGCGCGAUCAGUUGCCAGGAAGACCGACUUAGAUUUUGAAUUUUGGUCCUGAUAAGGACUCAGCGGUAGAAAAAACAGAUUUAUGACGAUUAAAGAUAAUGGAGGUAACGCUACAAGAUUCGAUCGAGCAGGACUACGAGAUUCAGGAGAUCGAAGAAAUUCCGAGGAGAAACGAGCCGACGAUCACGGGAAAUCCAAACGAGGAUGCCGCCAAGAACGCGACGUAUUUCACUCGUGAUCUGCCGUCGAAUUCAACGUCGACCGGUCGCGUUCGAGGAGAAAUACUCGACGAUGGGAUGGAGGUGAUUCUGUUGUUACAAGAGGAAGAGCCAGUGAGACGUCGUCAGAUAGAAACGAGGCUGGAUCGGCGGGUUAUCGAGCUGAGCGACAACAAGUGCAAGUUGGCUCUUCGACGGCUAGAAAUGACGAAUGCCAUCGAGCAGAUAGAUGCGACAUCGACGCGCGACGACGAGAACACAGAGAUGCUGCGGAAGCUGCCGCCAGACACGAUCGUGACGAGGCAGGAGGAAGCGAGAUCAAGCAAAGUCGAAGACAGCGACUACAAGGAGCUGACGGAGACCAACAGUAGCAGUAGUGGCGGCAGUAGCUCGACUUCCGGCUGCGCAGUCGCCAAGGUGAAGAGAAUUCCACGAGCUGUCAGAAAUAAAAGCCGCGAAACGGUAGAAGUAAGACGGAAUCCCAUGCGGAUGUCUAAGAAGGAUGUUGACAAGGAUUUUUCGCGGCCGAGACAGCGGCUGCUGGCGAACAACAAACGAGAGGUUUGUGAGAAUUAUGAAGCCGGUAAACGCACGCGAUCGUCUACUACGCCUUACAUGAAUACCAGGUCGGUCACCCGGAAGAUGUAUACUGUGGGUGCGACUUAUCAGGCGCCCACCAAACGAGACGAGACCGAAUGGAAAGAGUGGCCCGUGCAUGGAAUGCACGAAAGACCAGUCUAUCAUCCUCAGGUCGGUCUAGCAGUGGAGUACCUAGGAAGAUCCUUCGUCAGCCUCGACGGACUAUCCUACUGCGAGAUUGUGGACGAGUCUGAGAUCGAGGUGGUCGCCGUCGACCCGCGCUACGACAGGCGGCCUUCCUCGGCUGAGAAGAAGUCGGCAGGAAAAGCGAAGACAAAGAACAAACGUUCGUCGAAUACGGGAGACACAUGGAACACUUCUUUCUCGACAAAAAGGAACAAAUCCUUUGGAACAUGCAUGCAUGGGAGCCUUCACUGCGUGCUUGGCUACUGCUCGCAAGUCAUGACGCCGUCCUACAAGCAAAUGGCAGAGGAGAAGCCGGCAACGCUUACAGCCAAGACGAGCGUUUCAGAGUCGACGAAAGAAAACAUCAUAAGUUUCAAAAACAACAUCAUGGACAACUCAGACAAGUUCGCCGAAGGAGCGAAGUUGCUGGAAGGUUACGCCAUUGCCAUGACGCAGAGCGUUCAGAACAAGAAUAAUCGUGGUAGAGCCAGCGCUGGGACUGUCGCAUCAUCCUCAGCGACAUACGUGUCACCGGGAUCGCAGAGGUCGAUCUUGGAGAACAGCAGAACGAAUUUGCCAACAUUGCGAGGCUUCCCAAACGCCUCUCUCGUCUUGCUGAGGAACUCAGGCGCGAAGACGAGCAAUGAGGCCUUCAAAACGAAGGACACGAAGGACACGUUCAAGCUGAAGGACGCGUCCGUCAGUGAGGAGACGUUGUCGUCAAUCUACAAGAAGCUGAUGUCUACAGAUGAGGUAGCCGCCAAUCGCGAAGCGUCUCCAAUGGGAGGCAACUUUUACACCUUAAAACGACACUCCACGAGCGGUAUACGAGAGUACAAGCCGAAAAGGAGCACCUUGGACGCCCAGAUAGAGAACACGAGGACCCUCUGUGUCGCGAAAGAGAGCGACGAGAACGGGAACACGGACAAUGCAAAGAUCCAACAACCGGACGGAGUAUUCACAGGUCCCAGCGUAAAAAAUCGCUCGUUGUGCACCAGUGAGGCCUCGGAGAUCGCCCGGAUCUUGUCGGAGUAUAACAGGGGCGCGACAAGGAAGUCCGCGAUACAGGUCUACGGCGGCGCGUCGAAGAACGCGAAGCAUUCGACGAAAGCGAGUUGUUUCUGGCAGAAGGAUACGACAACAGAAGAGAGUCAGAACGUCUCAGGAGAUAGAAGCAUGGGUCUCGACCUCUCACAGGGAAAAUGGAGGAAGUUGUCGACUCUGGAGAACAUUGGUGACCAGACGCAGGUCAUUAACAACGAUCGAAGCGCGUCCAAUAAACCUGGAGGACCUCCAGCACCUUUAGAGAGUUACCAAGGUGUUUCUUCAAGAAAUCAACAGAUGAAUUCGAGUGUAUCGAGUUCUACCAGAGAGAAAUUCUCUGUGACUCGCAAGUACUUUGGUAAACGACGAGAGGCGCUCGCGAUCGACACGGAGCUGAAGGAAGCGGCCUCGGGAUGCUCCAAAGACGAAGCGGACGUCUUGAAGACGGAAGACUGUCUACGGGAACUGCUGGAGAACACCACGGUGUUGUAUUGCGCCGCCAACGGGAUUCACCAGGACGAUGUAUCCAACUAUAUCGAUACUCUCGAUGGCAAACAAAGUAUCCAAUGGCUGGAAGCUCUUUUCGAGUAACUGCAUUGUGUAAAGAUAGAGUGGAGCUUCAUCCGUUCGACGCGUGCGUCGUCGUCGUUGAGUUUAAAGUUGUUUUCUUCUCGAGGUACGUUCACCGACGAGAUAAGGAUAUUUUCGUAGAAUAGUUUAACUGUCUGUCUAAAUCUAAACUGUCAUUUGUUCCCAUUCGUCUCGUCAAGCGAACGUGGACGCUCUAAGAGAGAAUGUAAUGUGUGGAUAUAAUUGAUAGAACAUGGUAUGAAAAUUGUUAAGUAUAUCUAUAUAUUUUUCAAUAUUGCAGCAUUUAACUCUUUUUUGUUUUUGUUAAGACACUUGCGUUUGAAAGAUCCUGAAACUGCUUCUGAUAGUUCUCUGCAUUGAUUUCUUCUUUACGCAAUUGCGUAAUUAAUGUUUGUUCUCUCUAUGAAGGCACAUGAAAGUAAUAUUUCUUUAAUCGAGAAGUAUUGAAAGUUGUAUCGUACAAGAUAUUAAUCAUUUCAUGCAAUUUGUGUAUAUAGAUAUACUACUUUAUACACAUACACUUUCGAUAUAAUUGCAGGAUUUAACAUUGCGAUUUUAUAAGAACAAAUCGGAGCAGAAUCGCUCUAGAGAAAUUAUUCAGAUAUUCGGUCCGUCGCACCAAGAUAUUGGUACUUUGAAGGAUGUCUAUUUUUCCGUUUGUCUAUUUUUACAAAUAUAUAUACGUCUUUAAU